AUUGGGUAGCAAUACCGAACUUCCCCCUUUCAGAUCAUAAUUCAAUCAUGUUCCCCACGGCAAGGUGCUUGGCUGCUAAGCCAUCUGGAUUCCUCAAGCGCAGCGCGGAGGAACUGGGCCGUUUAUCGAAAAUUGCUUGGAACUCUGAAGCCCUGAGCACACCUACCAAGCCAUACCGCCUUCUCGACUUCGAAGAUGAAUCCUCCGUCGCCAACUGCAAGACCAUGGCCGAUCGUGCCGUGGGAGGAUUCAGCACAGCCAGCCUAGACUAUAUCCCCGCGGAUCCCUCGUCGAAUGCCCCUGCCCAUGCGAGAUUCCACGGAAGCAUUUCGACCAAGCUUCCGAAUAAUUGGAGAGUGGAGAGAACGGGAUACGCUGCGUUCCGCAACCAAGAUCGAGGCCUUUGGCUCUUCGGGCGAUUAUACUGGGACGUUGAUCCCUAUUCCUAUCUCGCGCUCCGAGUCAAGUCCGACGGCCGACGAUACACCGUCAACAUCCAGACAGACUCCAUCGUUGAGACCGACAUCCACCAACAUAGACUGUACACGCGACACCAUCGCGUUGCCUCCACCACGGCCGAUGACCACCUCUCCCCGUAUUCAGCGCCGGAAGCCUUGGAAUCGCCCGAGCUCGCGGAAGCGAGAUACCCCAACGGCCUUCCACCCUCUCUGUCGGACGUUCCUCCGCCUUCUACCGUGAUGUCGUCGGUGACGACAUCCGGCUCCACUGGGUGGGAGACGAUCCUUCUACCUUUUAAUUCGUUUGUUCGGACGAACUACGGUCUCGUCGUUGAGCCGCAGACCUCGAUUAUUCGCCAGCGUGUGAAGAGUAUCGGGAUUGGGCUGACGGACCGCGUGGAGGGUCCUUACGACCUGCGGAUUCACCGUAUCUGGGCAACAAACGGGAUGAGUGAGGGGGAAAUAGAAGAGGAACAACGGAUAUGUGGUGCAGAUGCUUUGCCUGUGGACGAGGGUGUCCGAACAGGUUGGUCUGGAGAGGUCGCAAGCCAUACGUCCAAACCCGGGGAUAGCGAGAAGAGUCCCAAGGGAAAAGGGUUAAAAGCGCUACGUGAUGAGUGGGAUGCAUAAAUAAUGAACCAUUUAAUCCACAUUGACUUGUACAGUACCUUUUUUCUUUCUUUCUCUCUUAUUUUGGCAUGUGUAUACACCUAGAUUCAAAGCUUUGAAAAAAAAAAAUCUAUUUAAAUACUUACCUAGCCCUAACUAGGCAAUCCUGUGCUGCAGGGCAAAUAGCCCCAACUACGUGACCAAUUAGUUAAUUACCACCAGUGAUCCGCUCCCAAGCCUCCUUAUACUUCUCACUUGUCUUCUGCGCAAUCUCGUCUGUCAUCCGCACGCCUUCCUUACCCUUCAGCCCCUCCUUGACCAG